UUACAGAAACUGUCAGCUGUGCAUAUAUGCGACCGCAUUUCCAAUAGGCGGCCUUUGGUUUUGUAAUUUCAUAUUUUCUCUAAUAAAAUUUAAAUAAAAAGUGUGCCAGCAUGCCUUUCAUGAAGGGACGCGCGCCUAUACGGCGUACCAUUGAAUAUUUAAAUGCCGGCCGCCUUGUGCUCAAAGAAAAAGUGAAAAUCUUUAGCGUGAACUAUAAUGUGUAUGGUGACCACCACAAAGGCGCCAGAGACUUUGUGUUUUGGAAUUUGUGUCAAAUACAGUAUAAAAAUCCAAAUGUACAAGUGGUGACAUUUAAGAACUUGACGCCUUCCCCGUUUGUGCGCUGCUACUUUGAGGACGGACGUGAUAUGCUUAUCGAUAUAGAUAGCCGAGAUCGUGAGGAAAUUAUAGAACAUCUCUGCAAAGUUGUUGGCAAGUCAAAAGCCCAAUUGGACGCAGAGGCGCAUUUAGCGGAGAGUAAAGACAAUCCUGCCAACUUUGGUUAUGGCUGCGAUAGACAUUGCAUCUGUGAGAUACCCGGUCAAGUGCCAUGCCCUGGCACUGUUAAAUUGCCCGAUCAUCUGCGUGGCAAGCACAUAUUUGCCCCAAAGUAAUUUGAAAAAAAAAAAACACAUUUUACGUUUUAGCUUAAUUUCUAAAUAAAACACACAUGUACAGUUACAACGUUUACAAAUAAAUCACUUUAUUUGGCUUAA